CUUUAGUUGGCAUCACAGUUCUCUGCAAGUCGUAGAAUCAUCCAGCAACCAAUCAUGAAACCCAUUGUGCUUCUCGCCACCGUCUGCCUACUGGCCAAUUCUGUUGCUGGUAACAAGGACAAGGACAAGAUGUUGGGCUCCUCUUACGGCUCAGGUGGUGGCGGUGGUUCUUCUGGUGGCUAUGGUGCUCCAGCACCUUCUUAUGGAGCACCGGCUCCCGCUCCUGCACCCGCUCCAGCUCCAUCUUAUACGGCACCUGCUCCGGCUCCAGCACCAUCCUAUUCAGCACCCGCUCCAGCCCCGUCAAGUAUUCCCGCUCCACCCUGCGCUAGGAACUACUUGUUCAGCUGCCAGCCAAACCUGGCUCCUGUGCCCUGCAGUGCUCCAGCUCCAGCCCCAGGCUACGGUUCCGCCGGUGCUUACUCCCAGUAUUUGCCAGUCUACGCACCACAGCCCAUCCAAUUUUAGGACAAGCUCAAGGAUUUAACGACUUCGCAGAUUGAUGCCAGACACAUCAAAAGACAAUAAAAUCUCAAUGUUUGAAAUGACAAACUAAAAAACAA